CGUCACACUCACUUUCCUCUCACGCCCAUCCCAUUUCACUUCUCCUCCACUCCCUUCGCCGCCCCCUUCAUCCCGCCCUCUCUCGCUGCACACGGCUGCCGGCGUUGCGUUUGUGGGAAGCUGCUCGGAAGGCGCAACCGCCGUACCGCACACGCGCUCUCUUGCAAUUAUGGGCUGCGGCUCGUCCCGCAACGACCCACCUAAAGGCAGUAGCAAUAGCCAUCCACGGCGGAGGGGCUCGCACGCGUCGUUGUCGUCCGCAGACGGCUCGUCGUCGUCAGCUUCAAACUCUUCCGACUCACGGUCUUGCGCCCUCUCACCCGCCGAGGAGCAGAAGCGAAUGCAGCGGAUGCGUGCGCUUCCCCGCGGCGGGCGACGGACCUCCAUCUACUCUGAGUCGAUCGUGCCGUCGUCGGAAGGCGGUGGCGAGUACAAAAAGGUCGUCCACAAGAAGCCGGCAGCGUCGGCGGCAGCCAUCGCCAAGGUCCUUGCCACCAACAUCCUGUUCAAGGACCUGCGCGAGGAUCUCAUGCAGGAGGUCAUCGACGCCAUGUUUGAGAAGAAGGUCCGCGCAGGAACAGAGCUCAUCAAGCAGGGCGAUACCGGCGACUACUUUUACAUCUUGGGGCGUGGCGUAGUCGAGGUCUUUGUCUCGGGCGCCAACGUGCUCACCAUCGAAAAGGGUGGCUCGUUUGGUGAGCUUGCCCUGCUAUACAACGCGCCGCGUGCCGCUACCUGUAAGACCUCCACUGACUGUGUUGUGUGGGGUCUCGACCGCAUGACUUUCAAGCGGACACUCGUCAACUCGGACGACCAACGCCGCCGCCUCUAUCUGCAGCUCCUGCAGCGCAUUCCUUUGUUUGCCGAAAUGACUCUUCCCGAGCUCCGCAACGUCGCACAAGUUCUCCAGCCGCGCACGUUUCAAAAGGACGAGGUAAUUCUCCGCCAGGGCGACAAGGGCAAGCGGUUCUUCAUCCUCGAGACCGGCCGCGCCUCGGUCCGCCAAACAAAAGGCAAUGGGCCCGAGAUCGAGCUUGCUAUCAUUUCAUCCGGCGACUACUUUGGUGAGAUUGCGCUUGUCAACCGUCAACGCCGCGCCGCCACCGUUGUUGCUCUCGAAAAGACGUACACUGUCUCGCUCGACCGCGACGCCUUUGUCCGUCUCCUUGGCCGCUUGAGGAUCUCAUGAAGCGCAACAUCGAGACCUACAAGACCUACGAGCACAUUCUCAAGCAUGGCCUCGAUGACGAAGCUCGCGGUGCACUCUAUCGUAACUCAUCGUCGUCGUCGUCGUCCUCGUCCUCCUCUUCCUCCUCCUCAUCAUCAUCGUCAUAGUUGCAUUGGCCUCCGCUUCCGUUCGAGUCCCGGCGUUGACAGCCGCCUGACAGUUUCAUCGGAUGGCAUGCAACAACAAAACCGAUACUAGUCCCGGAAUGCCGUGACACGCGCACGCGCCACUCUUCCUCAAAUUGUCCGCUCGUCACACUCUUCCUUUCCACUCGCAACCACACCACACA